AUGGGUAUAUUAUCAAAGGCGCUUAUGAGAACCCUUAAGGGUAAUGAAGAACUGCAUGUUCAAAUGGCCUCCACAAAGAAAGUACCAGAACAAUUUCGUUUCAAAUCCGAAAGAACAUUACCGAUGGUUCGUUUCUGGAACAGAAGAGGCAUUUUCCUCUUUUCUUCUAGACAAUCAUUAGAUAAAUUUAAGGCUGAGGGUAGCUCUUUCGGAUUCGCACCCACGAACAAAGAAGGUGUUGGUAUCCCCUUAUUCCACAUUGUUAGGGAACUUCUCGAUCUGGUCCCCACGUUUAACAUUUACAAAUAUGAAAUCGUAUCAGUUAACGAUCCACCAGUAUAUUCUACAGAAGCAGAACUGAUAUCAGAUAAUGGUAACUUCAAACUUUACAAGAUACCAUUUUGCAAGAUUAAUAUGACUGUUGAUCUCACUAGGAUCCAAUAUAACUUUCAUUUUUUUUCCACUCCCGUAGACAAGCAAGCCGAUACUUCAUUGAUCAAACAACCAAAUUUUAGAGAUAUGGAUACCGAAAUUGAUUCAUAUAUUAUGAGGUGGCAUAUUAACUAUACUCCAAUAUUAACAAACUCACAUUACACUUUGGAGUUACUGCCUGCAAAUAUGACCUCAUUGUAUGACAAUAAAUCUCUUACGGUAAGAAACAAUAUGAUGGGUGAACCGGUAUAUGACAAAUUUGUCGUUGGCCACCUUACCAGUGAUACGAGUGAUUUGCUGCCGAAAACAACGUCUAAGGUAGCCAAAUUGAUCGUGGGGGAAACGAAGAUAAAUUCAUUUGGUAUUUCUGAUAUUCCUUGGAAUACUCAAGUACUCGCAUGCCAAAGUUUACUGAUUCAUUAUAUUGAUGAAAUUAAGGAACGUGAAACAAGUCGUAAAAAGAAAAGGAGAAAUAGAAAUAAUUUAGUCACUAAUCAAAUGCUUUUUUAA